GUUGUAGAUUGAACGUGUCUUGCAAACUAACUUUCUAUCCUUGAGUUCUAUCUGUAAAUAUCGUCGAUUGAGCGAUGUAAUUUUAUUCUAAAUUUCUUCCGUGUUUUAGCGGAAAUUACCUGAGUACUAGGGGGACCCCUGCUGGGAACCAUUGAAGCAACGACUUGCGUUGUUGCAAAAGCGUCGUGUCUUCACUUUGUUUCAAAUCUGAAGUCUUUUUGGCAUACGAUUAUGGAAAAACUAUGCUGAAUGUAAAAUAUGGAAAGAAAUGGGAAAUUUGAAUCGUAUUCAAGAUCUGUUUUAACUAGUCAAGGGGAAAACAGCAAUCAACACAUUGUUCAAAAUGAUGUAUUUAUGGAGACAUAUAACCUUCAGUCAUUUUCAUGUGAGAACGAUAUUGGACCUGCUUGCGUAGUUUGUUCAGACAGAGCUUCUGGUUAUCAUUAUGGAGUGUUUACUUGUGAAGGAUGUAAAGGCUUUUUUAAAAGAACAGUACAGAAGCAACUUGCUUACAAUUGUAAAGAGAAUAGAUCAUGUGAUAUUAAUCAAUACACUCGCAACAAAUGUCAAGCUUGUCGUUAUGAAAAGUGUGUGGCAACUGGUAUGCUUAAAGAAGCUGUGCGUGAAGAUAGAAUGCCUGGAGGACGACAUCGUCAUAAAUCACAAACACAAGACAGCAAAGAAAAAAAUGGCAAGAAAAGAAGACCUAGUAAAGAUGUAACUUGUUCCCCUAGUCCAAGUUCAUUAUCUGGUGAUUCAUCACCAUCUUUCAAUGAUGACGUUGACGUCAUAGGAAUAUUGAAUCAACUUACUGCCAUACCUCCUGAUGAAAUUCCUGCUGCAGACUGUUCUCAUAUAUAUGAGAACGAUGGCAGUUAUAAUUUAAAUGUCUUCCUUGCUUCUGGUCUGGAAGAUCUCAAGAACGCUGUACGAUGGACAAAAAAUGUACCAGGGUUUAAUGAUUUGUCUUGGAACGAUAAAGUUUGUUUGAUUCGUGCUUCUUGGAUGGAAUUAAUACUGUUGAAAUUGUCAUAUCGAUCUCUUACUUUACCAAAGGGUACUACAAUUUUUGGUGAAAAUCUAAUCAUGAAUCAUACUGAAGUGAAGAAGAUGGGAUGGACCCAAAGUAUGUUGGAUGAUCAUGAUGAAUUUACGGAUAAAUUGAGAAUGUUACAUCCUGAUCGAAAAGAGUUUGCUUGUUUAUGUGCUCUUGUUCUUCUUACUUCGGACUCUCCGGAUGUCGUGAACAAAGCAAAAGUUGGCUUUCUUCAAUCGCAAAUAUCGUCAGUUCUUUCGGAAUACGUUAGAAGUCAAUAUCGUGACAAACCAAAUCGUCUUGCCAAGGUGUUAUUAUGUUUACCAACGUUGAAAUCUUACAGUGCUAAAGCAUUUGAAAACUACACUGCGUUUGAAAUGUUUGGUAAAAUAGAUAUGCCGCCUCUUGUAAAGGAACUUUUCAAAGAAUAACCACCACGAAAAUGAAAAGAUAAAUAAACUUCACAUUUUAAUACAGUGAAGUUUAUAUCUUGUAUGAUUGUGCACACUUGAUGAGACGUUACUGUGAUGUCACUGUGACGUUCUGUGAUGUCACGACUUAGCGAAGAAAAAAUCGGACUUCAUGUAUCAUAACGUUUAGGUAUUCAACACGAUAGGGGUAGAAAAUCACCCUCUGAUUGUUAAUAAGGUUGUUCCAGUAGGUUCAGAACUUAUAUUACAGCGUCGUUUGGUUAUUUUUCUUUUCUAACUUAAUGUCACAUUAACAAAAAUACCUAAAUGGUAUUUUGUUUAUAAUUGGGGUAACUUCAAAGCAAUCCUACAGAUGAUUGAUUAUUUGCUGAUAUCGUUUUUAAACUGUUGCUAUUCACCCUGUUAUCAUUAAAAAUAAAUCAUUUCUAGCAUUGUAUUGUUGCAAUAAAUAAUUUUUUAACCAAUUAAAACGAUGAAUUUUGAA